AUGGAUCCGAAGACUAAGAAAGAAUUAGCUGCCAGCGUCAAGCUCAUGACGAACCUCAAACCACUAAUCAUCUCCGAAGCUCGUGCCAUAUUUGGUAUCAAUGUAUACAGUCCAGGCAUGAGGGAGAAGAACGUCGAUGUUGUCGUCGACAAAGGCCUAUACCCCUAUUCUCACCACGGACUUUUAUACGUCUACAAAGCGCGCCUUAUCGUCUACAAUCCCCACAGCAGCUUACAGUGGCGGCUAUUGAUGACUAGCGAAGCUCCUUGUAAGUCAGCGGAGGAAGCCAUGGCUGAUCUAUUUUCCUUGUUGCAACGCCAUGCCUACGUGAAAAGAAAUCGUAUCCUUGUGGGAGAUGAGUGUCGUGGAGAAGCAGUGUUUAGAUGA